CCCUCUCUCCCUAAUUUUCGGCCAUCCCUCAUCCAGCAAGAGCAAGAGAGCUUCCACCUUCCUUCUCCAUUGUUGAAGAGAGCUCAACAAGAAGAAAUCCCAAGAAAAGGAACUAAAGUGCUAAAAGUGUGAAUAAUUAAGGCACUUGUAAAGGGUGUUUCAAGUGAUUUCACAAAGUUGGAAAAGUCGCCGGAGUUGUCGCCGGAGUUGACCAAAAGUCGCCGGAGUUUCACCGGAGUUCAACCAAGAAGGGUAGAACUUCAUACGCUAGUUCAAGGUUGAAGCUAGAGCUUGCUACUUGCACCUUCUCACGGGUGAUAUCAAAUCAGGGAGACGUGAAAUUGAGGGCAGGCGAAUGAGGACCAGGAACAAUCCGAGGGGGCAGGCGCCGGUAGCAUCCCAAAGGGGAAGCCGGGCUGCAUCUCGGGGUUCGAGAGGAGGCCGGGGAGGCCGUGGAAGCCGUGGAGGUCAUCAAGCUCAAACUGUGAGUGAUGGCCAUGUGAGCUCGGUGUAUGAGACCAACACCGAAGACUACGACUCAACCUACGUGCCAGAGACGGAGCAUGAAGAGACCCCGUAUGAUGGGGGUGACACGUACACCGAUGAUGAUGAUGAAGAGAGUGAUGCCAAGUUCGCCCAAAUGGGCGAAUUGCUUGAAUGGUAUCAAAAAGAAAAAUUGAGGAGGGACCUUAGGCGCCAAGCGAGGCGUGGCUCUCGCGGUGGUUCGGGUCAAGGAAGCCGGGGAGCUUCCGUGGCCACCCCAGCGGCGUCACAAGGUGGGCGUGAAGGAGGUUUUGUCGUGAGAAUCUCCAAGUACCUCAAGGAGGCUAGGGCCUUGGGGUGUAGGUCCUUUGACGGCACCGGUGACAUUACCGUUGCCGCCGAUUGGAUCAAGAAGGUGAAGGAUGCAUCAAGGGACAUGCAAAUCACACCGGACGUGAAGUUGACUGUCGCUUCACGGCUCCUUGAAGGGAUAGCUUCUACGUGGUGGGAGAGCGUGGAAGGGAAGUACCAUGGGGAAAUAACAUGGGCGGACUUUGAGCUAGAGUUCUAUGCUCAAUACUACUCCGAGUACGAGGUGAAUGUGAAACGGAGAGAGUACACUAACCUCAAACAGAAAGAGGGCGGCACAGUUAAGCAACUGGAACAAGAGUUUAGAACCUUGGCUAGGUUCUUGCCGGAGUACGCGGUUGAUGAGAACCGCAUGACGGAGCACUUUUGGGAUGCCCUACUCUUGGACAUCCGUGACCGAGCUACGUACUCGCGCCACAUGACCUUCAGCGAGGUGGUGGAGCAGGGCCUUCUCGGGGAGGCCCAAUGGAACGAGAGAAAAGAGAGAGACGCCGAGGAGGCGAAAAAGAGGAAAUGGCAAAGUUCGGGGCCGCCCGAGCAAGCACGGAAGGAUAAGCACGGUGGAGGUGGCGGUUCGUUCAAAACACCGGCACCACCGGCAAAGAAGAACAAGGAUGCUCGGUGGCAUGCAUCCUCCUCCCAAAAGACGGGACCCCCUAGGUGUGCUAAUUGUUCGAAAAAUCACUUUGGGAAGUGCAAUGCACCCCCAAGGUGCUAUCAAUGCGGGAACACGGGCCACAUGAAGGCCAAUUGCCCACAAUUAGGGGGUGGAGGAGCUUCGGGAUCCGGAGGAGGAACCAUGACGGGAAGAAACCGUGCGGGACCGUCAAACGGCGGUACGGGAAGAGGCAACGCAUCCACAAGUCAUGCCGCGUCCGUAAAUCAAGGCGGGACCCAAGCACGAGUGUACGCAAUGACCGAGGCGGAUGCGCGAGCAAACCCGGACUCCGUUGCAGGUUGAAGCUAGAGCUUGCUACUUGCACCUUCUCACGGGUGAUAUCAAAUCAGGGAGACGUGGUUCGUGCUUCCUUAUUUUCUUUCAAACUACCGAACACUUGCUCAUGGAUAUUUGUUUUACUACAAACUAUUUUUGGGGCUUGCAUGCCCAUGUUGUCGGCCGGUUGUGGCCCAUGACUUACCGUUGAAUAUUUCCGCUAUUCAUUGGUUUAAUGUGAUGUUGUUAUGUAUGUUUACUACUGAGUAUGGA